AUGGCAUAUCUGCGCCUUCGAUUGCCUCUAGCAUUGACUGCCGCAGCCCUGGAGCUCAGACACAGAAGAGGCCUCAACUGCAGCAAACCUGGGGCAUAUUUUGUGCGUCCACUUGUUGCAGAAGAAGCCAAGCUCACCGAGCUCCGUGUCCACGUCCUGAUGGGCGGCUUUGGCAGUGCUCGCCUGGCUGGAUGGAGCCGCGCCACUCCGACGGAUCAAAAGGAACUCCUUCAACGUUUGCGGCCUGAAGUCCAGUGCACUUUUGGACCCACUCCGCCGCAGGGGACGCAAAUCUUGGUCUCCGCAUUUCCAUCCCAGCAAGAUUUGGAUGCCUGUGGCAGUGGGUUGAAGGUCCUGGUGAUUCCCUUUGCCGGUUUACCAGUGGCAACCAAAAAUCUGGUGACUGAUGCUGGCUUUAUCAAGAACGGGCUCCGGCUACACAAUGUGCAUCACAACUCGUCAACGACGGCUGAGAUGGCAGUGGCAUUGGGCUUGGCUGCUGCGAAGCAAUUGUUGCCAGCUGAUCGCUCGUUACGGAAGGGCGACUGGAGCCCACGAGGCAUUCCCUCCUACGGAGAUCCAGAUCCCAUGUUCCAACUGGGCCUAGAUGGACAAACGGCUCUAGUGCUGGGCUAUGGAGAAGUUGGGCGCAGAGUUUCACGUAUCCUAGCGGCGAUGAACAUGCGCGUCAUCGCCACGAGAAAGUCGGGGGGCGACCGCCAGCAGCCAGAGCCAGGAUCUAUUGUGGUGCGUGAAGCAUCUGCCCUCCACGAGUUGCUCCCGGAUGCUCAGAUGCUCUUCGUUUGUGUUCCCCACGCAGCCGAGACGGAAGGGCUCAUCAACACAAAGGAGCUGGCUUUGCUGCCUGACAAAGCGGUCAUUGUGAAUGUGGGAAGAGCCGAUGUCAUAAACGAGGAAGCCCUUUAUCAUGCACUGCAAGAUGGUCGCAUUAUGGGAGCUGGAGUUGACUGCUGGUACAAGUACCCGCCAGACUUCAAAAGCAGAAACAACACCCCUGUGUCUGAGAAAUUCAACUUUGCAGGUCUGGACAACUUGGUGAUGUCGCCCCACAGAGCGGGUUCGGUUGGCCUGCUUGCUACUGAGCGACUUCGCAUGGCAGCAUUGGCAGAGCUCAUUAACACAGCUGUCACCCAUGGAUUUGACUCCAUGCCAAAUCGCAUUGACGUAGAGAAGGGGUACUGA